UCUCUCUUUUCUCUCCCAAAACAAAAAAAAAGGAAGUAACAAAAAACCCUCGAAAAAUUUUAAAAGAAAUACCCUCUCUCUUUCUCUGAUAGUGCUAACGUGCGCGGUUUAGAAGCAGGCGCUGGUUUAACGUGCGCUGCCUGAGAUGUCGCCGGCGGCAUCAAGAACAACGGUUGUGAUAAGAAUCUCACGGUACAGGAAAGAUCAGUGCUGGUAAGGUUAGUUUAAUCAGACGGUUCCCGUAAUUUUGGGGUGGGACCCAACAAGGAAAAAAAAAAGGAAAGAAGAAGAGGAAUGGAGGGCCAAAAGAGCCAGGCGAAGCUAACACGAACCCAGUCGUCGUUGCUCCGUUCAUCACCAACCGUCCGAUCAUCCAUCCAGAGUCUGUCUUCCAUCAGCGAAGGUGACUUUAUCAAAGACCAAGAAGAAAAAGACGACCACCACCACCACCGAGAAUCGUUUCUCAAAGACGAGAAAAAAAAGAAACCGCCCCCAAAGAAAUCAUCGUCUAUGACACCGAGAAAUAUUCCGGUCCGGUUCAACCCGGUUUUCGCCAUGGCCUCAAUCUCUUUCUUCACUUUUUUCUCUUUCAUCUUCUUCUUUUGCUUUUAUCUUAAAAGAGAAGAAAUUCCCACAUCCGAAAACCUCUUGUUAGCCUUAAUCUUCGUCGCUAUAACCCUUUUUUUCGCUUCGAAAAACAAAGCUUUAAUCAACCAAGGCAUUGCUUGUUUCAAAGAAAGACUCCACCUUUCAAGAGCCAAUUCGAAGCCUGUCCAAUGGUUCAUUGGAGAAAACCAAUGUAACGAAAACUACAACAAGAGCAAAGAAAAAGAAAGGCUUCUGCCUGUUGUGAGAGAAGGGGUGGAGUUUUAUAGCAAUGGCGAUUUUUAUGAAGGUGAAUUUCAUAAGGGAAAAUGUAACGGGAGUGGGGUCUAUAACUAUUUUGUGAAAGGGAGAUAUGAAGGGGAUUGGGUAGAAGGGAGAUAUGAUGGGUACGGAGUGGAGAGUUGGAGUAGAGGGAGUAGAUAUAGAGGGCAAUAUAGACAGGGUUUAAGGCAUGGAUUUGGGGUGUAUAGGUUUUAUACAGGGGAUUCUUAUGCUGGUGAAUGGUGUAAUGGGCAAAGUCAUGGUGUUGGUGUUCAGACUUGUGCUGACGGAAGUUGCUAUAUUGGGGAAUUCAAGUCUGGGGUUAAACAUAGACUUGGCUGCUACCAUUUCAGGAACGGGGACAAAUAUGGUGGAGAAUAUUUUGGAGACAAAAUGCAUGGAUUUGGUGUUUAUCACUUUGCUAACGGCCACUGUUACGAGGGAUCGUGGCAUGAAGGUCGAAAGCAAGGGUACGGCAUGUAUACUUUCCGGAGUGGUGACAUAAGAUGUGGUGAGUGGGACGCCGGCACCCUUAAAACCCCUCUACCCCCUCUAACUGAUGCAGUCCUUCGAGCAGUUCAGGCUGCUAGAAAAACAGCAGCGAAUGCUAUUAACCUUCGUCGGUUGGAUGAACCAGUGAAUAAGGCAGUUCUGGCUGCAAAUAGGGCAGCAGCUGCUGCUAGGGUCGCUGCGGUCAGAGCUGUUCAGAACCAGAUGGAUGGCAAAUUUUGUGAUACAGAUGUUUAAGUGAUUAGCAGUGCUUGAAAAUGUAAAUUUUUUUUUUAAAACUAAUUUUAUGUACUCGAAGAGGUCACCCUGGUGAGCAAAAGCUCAUUGGAGGUUGAGAGAUUAUGUUUGAGGUUUCAUUGAUCACACUGUAACUUGUAAAUAACUCUUGUAUAUCAAUGGAAGGUCAGUUUUCAGCA